AUGGAGAACUACCAGAAGAUGGAGAAGAUCGGGGAAGGUACCUACGGAGUCGUGUACAAGGCUCGCGACCUCCAGACCAAGGACCACCGCAUCGUCGCGUUGAAGAAGAUCCGCCUCGAAGCCGAAGACGAGGGCGUUCCCUCCACCGCCAUCCGCGAGAUCUCGCUCCUCAAGGAGAUGAACGACCCCAACAUCGUCCGCCUUCUCAACAUCGUGCACGCCGACGGCCACAAGCUGUACCUCGUCUGUGAAUUCCUCGACCUGGAUCUCAAGAAGUACAUGGAGGCGCUGCCGGUUAGCCAGGGCGGCCGGGGCAAGCCUCUGCCAGAGGGCACUGGCCCCGCCCUGCAGACGAUGGGCCUGGGUCCGGACAUGGUCAAGAAGUUCAUGCGUCAAUUGUGCGAGGGUAUACGGUACUGCCAUUCUCACCGCGUUCUGCAUCGCGACCUGAAGCCGCAGAACCUGCUGAUUGAUAAGGAGGGCAACCUCAAGCUGGCGGAUUUCGGCCUGGCCCGCGCUUUCGGUGUGCCGCUGCGCACAUAUACCCACGAGGUCGUGACGCUUUGGUACCGUGCUCCAGAGAUUCUUCUCGGUGGUCGGCAGUACUCCACGGGCGUUGACAUGUGGUCCGUUGGUUGCAUCUUCGCCGAGAUGUGCACCCGCAAGCCGCUGUUCCCCGGCGACUCGGAGAUUGACGAGAUAUUCAAGAUCUUCCGCAGAGUCCUCGGAACCCCGACUGAGCAGGACUGGCCCGGCGUCACCUCCUUCCCCGACUUCAAGCCCUCAUUUCCCAAGUGGAACCGCACCGACGUCGCCAAUACGGUUACGAGUCUAGACGACUUUGGCCUUGACAUCCUCGAUGCUCUCCUCGUCUAUGACCCCGCAGGCCGCAUUUCCGCCAAGCAGGCCGUUGUGCAUCCAUACUUCACGGGCCUCAACGGCAGCUACGAGGAUGCUAUGAUGUUAUGGAGUUUGGACAGCAUGUCGCGGCGUAGACGGGAUGGUAUCUUAAUCGAACUAUGGGGUCUAAGCGCAGACCUUGCCCCUCUGCAAGCCACCAUAAUGCCUCCAACACCCCCGAAGCUUCUCCCUCUGAACCAAGGUCCGCGCCUCAUCGUCUAUCACCAGACAAUCCACGACCCUGCUGGCAAUUUCCACUCGUUACUUCCCCUGGUUACCAACAACACGGGCAUCACCCAUGUAAUAGUUGCAGCAAUCCAUUUGAACGAGGGUCCAGGAAACAUUACGCUUAAUGACCACAAGCCGGACGACGAGAGAUUUAACCAGCUCUGGGGCGAGGUAAAAUGGCUGCAGGGGAGCGGAGUAAAGGUGCUGGGCAUGCUCGGAGGUGCCGCAAAGGGGAGCUACGAGCGAUUAGGCGGGAGUGAGGAGAAUUUCGAAGCCUACUACGCGCCCCUCCACGCCCUCAUCACCACCUACACGCUCGACGGCCUAGACCUCGACAUCGAAGAAGCAGUCCCCAUCCACACAGCAACGCGCCUUAUCGCCCGCCUGCGCGCCGACUUCGGCCCCUCCUUCCUCAUCACCAUGGCCCCCGUCGCUACCGCCCUCAUCCCCGAUCCAAACAUCGCUCCGCAUCUGCGCCCGCCGCGGCCCAUGCUCGCCAGCGGCCCGACACCCAACCCGCUGCACCCGACCCUCCCACACCUUAGCGGCUUCUCAUACCCUGAGCUGGAAUGCAGUGUGUUUGGCAAGGAGAUUGCAUGGUAUAAUACACAAUUCUACUGUGGCUGGGGCGACGCUUCGACAGCGGCGUGGUACGAUGCGAUAAUCUCAGCGGGGUGGUCCCCUUCCAAGAUCGUCAUGGGCGUCGUGACGAACCCGCACAACGGCGCCGGCCACGUCCCUGUCAGCAGACUCCGCGACGUCUGCGCCGCGAUACGCGAAAAGUACAAGAACGUAGGCGGCGGCUUCGGCGGCGUCAUGGGCUGGGAGUACUUCAAUUCCGGCGACCAUGACGAAGACAUCGUGCAUGUUACAGGCUUAGAAUUGAACAACGAGACGGUACAGGCGGGAUGGGUCGCUGCGCUGGGAGGGGUGCUCAGGGUCGAAGAGCCUUCGCAUCCGCACACAAGUCGGCCACUGCUGGGCGUCACGCCGGACCAGAUUCGACAAAUGGUCAGCAAGCUGCCCGCGCCCAAGGCCCCGUGGCCGGAGGAGACGGUCGAGAAACUGGUAGUGCUCGGCUUUUCCAACCAGGAAGCUCUUGCUGCUCUCAACGCGACGGACGGCAAUGUCGAACUCGCCGCCGGCUUCCUCUUCGAACAGUAUCCGCAAUAG